GAACGGAAGUAAACAAUGUACAGGGCAGUUAGCGGACUUUAAAUAUAAUUGACGAUAUAAUGACUGCAGUCAGUACUAAUUUGUCCGAAAGUUCGAACCAUUCAGAAAAGCGCUUUCACACUGCAGGCGAACCGGACCAUGGUUCAGAAGAUCCGGACCGAGACCUCCUCUCUUGGUCGGACCAAAAUCUGGUCCCUUUCACAUCUGCUACUUUGGUUCGGACCAAACUGAAAAGUCCGAAAGUCCAGUCCAAACGAGGCAGGUGUAAAAGCACCCUUAAUCAUAGGAUUUUCUAGUUUUAGUGAGCUAUGGUUUAUUAAAGAUUGAACGUACUACGUUGAAACAAUGUUGCCAUAUCAAAGUUGAUUCACUUUUCAAAAUCAACACCAAAUCCAACAUUGAUUCAACCAAUAACAUCAACAAUAACAUUGAAAUGCCAGCAGGGAAGCUACACUUAAUGUAACAGCUCCUCUGCUCAGCUGAGACAGAGUUACAGGGUUGUUACAUGUUGUUACAGGAUGUUACACGGUUUUACACAGUUGUUACAGAGCGGGUUCGUCACUUGUGUCUCCCCCCGUGGGUUUUUCCCCCGCCCGCGCGCUUCUUUAGAAACUGUAGGCAGGUCUUUCCAGUAAGGCAGUCCCUCCGCGAGACACUGUAUCCGCCUGCUCUGCCUCACUACAACACAACAGCCCUGAUGAACCCUGAGAUUUAUUAAAGCUUCAUUAAGUUCUGCUCUAUCAUGUGAGGACCAUGGCUCUACUCUACCUGAGGGCGGCUUUAUUUCUCUGCUUUCUGUCUCAGAGCUCGGCUCUCCGCGUGCUCAACUCCUCCGAGCUGAGGUGUGCUCUCGAGGACGUGCCAUGUAAAGCUGAGUUUAAUAACUGCUUCUAUGAAGAAUGGAUGAAACAGCAGGAUUACACUCCGAGUGCGCCGCGGGAUCUGAGAGCCAAAUGGGAUGUCAGGGUUGACGAGAAUGGAGACUUGGUGCCGGUAAUUGUGGCACAAUGGAAUGCAAUGGAUGAUGGAAGCAUCUUUUUUCUGAAAGGAAAUCAGCUUCAGGUGAUGAAGUUAGACACCAGUGAACACUUGUGUAUCCAAAACACACUUUCUGAGGGGCUUUCGGGUAUGAGGAGUCCCACUAAUGAACUGUGGCCGUUUUUCGUGGACCAAAUGGUGGUUGACCCUGGAUUUAACUAUUCAGUUUCCAUCUCCAACCUCCCUAAGCCAAAUUCAGGCCAGUCCAACUACGAUAUUCGCACAUUUGUUGCUGUUCCAGACUGCAGUCACCCUGUCGUGCAGAAGACCAAGUUCUGUAUUGAAACAGGAUCUUUUUGGCAGCCCAACAUUACCAUGAAACGCACAGGAGCAGAUGACAGGACGCUGCUGGUUUCCUUUAACACGGGAGAGCUUUCUGAAAACUAUUAUGUCUUUGUGAGGUGUGGUGAUGACAAACACAGAAAACAGAUUCUCAAUAAGGACAAAAUGUCAUUGCUGAACAUUACGUUUGACCUUGAUGCUUGGCCACACACAUGCUGCAAAUUCAGUGUCCAGAUCCAGCCCUUCUUCACCAAGUGUAAAAACGACUGCACCAGAAAGAACCGUUUUUUUAACAUAUGUCCAGAGGCACCGGCACCUCUAAAAGAGUCUAAGAUGUGGCUGGUUUUUGCUGGACUCUUUCUUCUGUUCUCGGGUCUUGUGGUUUUUGCUGCUUGUUUGUGCCGCAGGAAGCAGCAAAGGAAUCGAUUAGAAAAUGAACCACUUAUUAUUCUGCCCACACCCUCCCACCCAGUUCCACCUCAUACGCAUUCAGUGCUGAUCCUCUACUCUCGAGAUCACCCUAAAUACACAGACAUAGUACUGAAGCUCUGUGCCUUCUUGAGGGCCAAAUGUGGCAUACAGGUCUACCUGGACCUCUUGGAUACGACCUCAGUCGGAGUCAUGGGCCGCCUACAGUGGACCGAACAGCACAUGCGCCUCAUCGAACAAACCUCCAACAAGGUGCUGGUCCUCUGCUCUCGAGGAGUGCAGGCGAAGUGGGGAGCCAUGUGUGGAGGACCACGAGUUUACCUACGGGAAGAUGUCCAGUCGCCAAUGGGAGACAUGCUGACUCUCGCGUUACAGCUAAUCACGCCCGACAUGCAGCAUCCAGCCUCGUACGGCAAGUAUUUGGUGGCAUAUUUCGAUGAUAUCUGUGGGGAGCAAGAUGUGCCGUCCAUGCUUGAUGUGGCGGUCAAGUACAAGCUGAUGAAGCACUUUGAAACGCUGUACUUCCGAAUCCUGGAUAGAGAGCAGUAUCAACCAGGGAAGAUAAAUACAAUUGAGGGGCUUGGGAUUGAUGAGUACUUCAACUGCGACUCAGGCAAAGCCUUAAAGGAUGCGAUAGAAAUUUUCCAAGCCUACCAAGUGGAGAAUCCAGACUGGUUUGAGGAGGAAUGCUGCGACAGCGAAGAUGAGGUGAUUGCAGCCGAGAGCAUCCCAUUUAUUGAUGAGAACAUCCCACCUGUUCUUACAUGCGAGCCUGUAAUCAAUAUUGGUCCCCCUGUCUUAAAGCACGGAGUUGAGAUACACCCCAUAGAUCUGACGGAAGAUGUACGGACUUCUGAAAUACCCAAUCUGAACCUGGAUGUUGAAGAACCUUCCAUGCUGGGCAUCCAACCAGUGCUGAGCCAGGUAUAUUCCAUCUAUCCAUCUGUAGAACCACCACCUGGCAUACACACAUCUGGUGUGUACCCGGCUCUCAUAGAUACCCACAGCUGCCUUUUGGCUGAACCUGCACUACAUGAACUUCUACCUCCAAACCAGAAUGAGCUGUAUGUGAAGGAUUAUCUACCGUCAGAUGACUGUGAACGGCGCUCAGUGGAUGCGAUGGAAGCGCUCCAGCAACUGCAGCUCUCCCUGAUGUCUUCCCAGAUACCUGCUCCUCCACCCUCAAUGGUUGAUCACAACCAGCCAGAGGAAAGAGAUGAGAGUGAGAUGGAAGAGGCGUCAGGUAAGAGACAGUCUAGAUGGUCAGAUCAAGGAUACAGUUCCAGAGACUCCAAUUCGAAUGUACGGGAAGAGCCUCCAGCAUUCUCUCUGGCUGAUCUGGCCAAGUUACAGGAAGUUCUCUACCUGAACAGUCCCAUCUCUUCUGGCUUCUGCACAGAGACUUGAAAGUUGAAAGUGAGACACUGAUGUUCUGUUGAUUGUUAGCUGGAAACAGCAGAUUAUUUCCAAUGUAGUUUAAGAACCAACAUCACUGGUUCUUAAACUAGUCCUUGUUGCCCCAAGCUUUAUGACUAAUGCAGUUGGCUGCUAUUGCCGUUUAUCACCAAAUAUGGAAGUAUAAGUCAUUGCUGCAGCUGAACUUUCUUCAAAGCUUAGUGCUGUGUUCUAUUACAAUCAAGAAAUGAAAUAUACACCGGUUUGUUUUGAUUACAUUGGUACUGCACAUGUUUAUUUUGGGUACCUCAAAGAACAUACAGGUUUUAAUUUACAGAACACGAACUUCUGUUGUACUGCAUGUAUUAUUCUGUAAAUAAUAUAUAAUUACUUUUUCUAAUCACUAAAUGGGUCUGUGUCUAAGUUGAUUCAUGUACAUUUAGAAGAAUAAAAUAUACAUUACAUGGAGCUUUAAAUUUAAUACUGCAACAGUACAUUCCUAAUAACAGCAAACUCAAAAAAGCAGCAGUCUUUGGUUGUCUUCAUGUGCUCUUUACUGGAAUUUACUGUAGAUCUGAAAACAAAAGCGUUACAUUUGUCCAAAAUUCCAGGUUUAAUAUACUUCAUGUUGAGUAGAUUAAGAAGAUGGCAGGAUUUGGAUAGUGCAAAAAAUGUCUCGUAAAAACAAAAUGUAAAUACAGUAAAUAAAGUGUGUUGUUUCCA